AUGGACGGCGUUUCGAGUGCACUCGCGGUGGUCUCGCUCGCCAUACAGCUCGUGGAGACAGGCGAAAAGAUCAGCGAAUUCCUAAGCGGUGUUCAAGAUGCACCCAGUGAGGUCAUCAAAUUAGGCCAGACUUUAGACCAACUCAACAGCACCUUGAAACAAGUCAGCUAUCUCCUUGAGCAACAGUAUCUAGUGCUACGCCUACCUGGUUCGCCUGUGUUCAUUACAAAUGCUUUGGAGAGCUGCGAGAAAAGGAUCAGGACGCUCGAGGAUGUCAUUCAGAAAGCCAAAAAGUCAAUGGAUCAUCGAAACCGGGUGCAGAGAUCGUGGGCUGCAAUGAGGUUCGUCUCGAAGAAGGAGGAUAUUCAGGAGAUGCAAAGCCAACUCCGCGAUGCCGAGACUGGAUUGCAAACGGCUAUGCUGAGUAAUUCGUGGCAGCUGCAGUACACCAAUAGCGCUUUGACUGAGUUGUCGAUGCAUCACAUCCACGCCACAAGCUCUGUCGGGCUGCAAGGUACAGUGAUCGAAGACCCGUCAGUUGCAACACCUAUCAGGACCCUUUCGCAUGAGAUGGCACAAAAAACAUACCCGUCCGCACCAAGAGAAGUUUUUCGUAGCAUCACCAAAGAGACUUAUCGGAUCUGGUAUCGCGGUUUUUUCGGAAGGGUCAACAUCCAAUCCAAGUCAAAUUCGUUGAACAGAUCAAACACUCGCAAAUCUGGAAUCAAAACAACAUCUAACGAGACAAUCAUCACAAUGACGCCAAUCUUUUUGCGUAAGACUCUCGAGCUGCGAUUUCAGAAUUCUUUUGGCCGAAUCUCGAGGACGCUGAGCACAUAUCCUGUAUUGGAAGAAACAGCGCCAAUCUUUGAUAUGUGUUUUACGGGUGAUUUACAGGGUUUGCAGGUCGCGCUGAGUAGCGGUGCUGUUUCUCCAUUUGUGGUGGACGAACAGGGUUGGUCUUUACUCCAUAUAGCCGCAUGUAAUCAAGAGCUUGAGAUCUGUAGUUUACUGCUCGAUGUGGGUGUAGAUCCCAACCAUGUGGAUCAAACCGGGCUAAAAGCGAUGAGCAAAUCAGCUUACGGGGUCAGUAUACCUGCAGAGAGGUCAGUCGAUACUCUAAGGCUUCUGACACAAUCUCAAAAUGAGAUCUCUUCGUGGGAGAUAUCUAAGUUCUGGAGGUGUUUUAUGGGGCCGGUGGAAGCUGCGGAGUUUAUGCUCUUACAAGAGUUGAUCCCAUCAGAGUCAGAUGCUUCCGAUGGUGAGGACCCCUUCCCUAUCUUGGCUACAGCAUUGAGAGAAUACGGCCAAGAAUCGUCGACAUGGGAGAGUUUUCUUCGGCUUCUCCUUCGCAAAAGAGUGGGUCUUCACGUGCCUGUGCCUAGAGAAUUUUUAGUAGUAGAAAAAAGACACGACUAUCUUGGCCCCAUGUAUCCAUGUAAAAUCUUGGAAUAUGGCACUCCACUAGACGAGCUUUUUAUGUGGACCUGGAUACCUUCCGAAGGAAAAGCGGCCGCUGACCGCUGGUUGGAAAUCCUGUCGAGCGAAGGAUACGAUGUUAAGGCUUAUCUUGAAGAAGAGCAAGUGCUACAUGCCGCACAGAUGCAGCUGACUUAUCCUCAUUAUGGUAAGUGA